AUGUCAAGCAACAAUUUUUCCUUCUGGGCAGCCAAAGAUGACAACAAGCCUGACUUGCUCUGUGGGAGGCCAGCCGAUUACUUUGUGGUCCAGAAGCAUUUCACAAUUAUCAUAAGUGCCAUUAUUGUUUUGGGAGGGUUUUCAAAGAUGCUUUUAAAGAAUUCCGAAGUCUUUGCCUUGAUGAUUCUCUCUCUGUCAGGAUUUGUGACAGGGCAGCUGGCUUACCAUUUUGUCGAGGUGCACCAAAUUGUCUACCCUCUUCUAAAAACACCAAGUUUUUCACUUUAUUGUUAUUUUUUACCUUUAAUUGUAUUUGUGGCUGCUUUGGACGUGGACUUUUAUAUAGUCAAGAACGUGUUAUGGCAGGUUUUGCUGACGGGAGUGAUUAGCUUUGCAAUAGCGUUUGUCACCAUUGCGUAUGUGGUUCUGAAAUUCAAUGAAGACUCAUGGGAUCUGCAGUGCUGUUUACUCUUCACCAUCACGCUGUGCAUAAUAGACCCUCUCCAUUCCGUCAACUCGCUAAAAACCAUUGGCAUUUCUAAGAUGUACACGGACAUUAUCAGAGGAGAGUCGUUGAUCAUUUGUAGCUUCACAUGCAUUUUCUUUGGAAUUUUCCGGGGCCAUACAACUAACAUUUCCAUGUUCAGGGAGUUACAUGUCAUCAUUGGACUCAGCUUUGACAUUUUUGGAAGCGCAAUAUGUGGAUAUUGGUGUACGAGAUUCAUUCGGAUUAUACUGACCGACCUUUUUAGCAACACACUGACUAACGUUGUUCUCUGUUUUUCUCUGGUGUACAUGACUUUCUACCUCGUGGAAUAUUUUGGAAUGUCAGGAAUUGUCGCUUUGGUUACAGUAGGCCUGAAUUUAGAUUCGUUGAGUUUUAAACCGAGGAUGGAGUUCAUAAUUACUAAGUUCUUAAUAAUGUGUUCAUCUGCAUAUGAACAUUUAAUAUAUGGCUUCUUUGGCAUUGUGAUUGGCUGUGGAGAAAUCAAAUAUUUCAGAUUCCACUCACUAGUUUUCACUGUCACCUUAUUUGUAACAGUGAAUUUUGCAAGGUUGCUUACUGUUCUCUUCGUGAGUCCUAUUUUGAUGCAUUCAAGUUAUGAGUAUGAUUGGCGAUGGGGAGUUGUCAUCGCAUGGUCUGGAAUUAGAGGUGUUUUUAGCUUACUCCUGGCUCCAGAUAUUUAUAGUUUUUCUGAACAUAAAAUAGAGGCACCACAUAUGUUUAUAUUCUAUAUACAAAUACUAUCAAUAUUGACAACAGGAAUAAAUUCACAUAUGAUGCUUCGAUCAGCCAAGACAUUAGGUUUGUGUGCUCUCUCCCUCCCAAGACAAAUGGCUGUUCGAAAUGCCAUUGAACACAUACAGCAGAAUAUACAGAAUGCAAUAAAUUUAUUUAAAACAGAAAAAAUUUUAACAAAUGUUAACUGGAAUGUAGUAGAAGAAAAAGCAAAUAUUGGAUACAAUCCUGUUUCCUCUUUUCAUGGUCCAAAAGAGGAGUCCCCAACAGAUGAAGUUUUAAUAGAAGAGGCCAGAUUGCAUGUAGCUAUAAUACAAAUGAGCAGUUUUGAAAAGCAAUGUAAUGAUGGAGUCCUUGGGGUAGAGGCAGCCCGGAUAUUAAUUGGUGCAACCAAAAGCUACUGCCCCAUCCACGGAAAAUUCAUGAGUAUUUCUGAUGUUUCAACUUAUGUGAGAGCUAGAAGUUGGCUUAUAAAGUUUAAAAACAUGUUAACUUACUUGGAAUAUCACAAAGAAAGGAUACUUUUCACUGUACCUGGGAAUAAUAAAUUUUUGAUUUUUGUCUAUCGCAUUAUAAUUUCAGAAGAAUUUGAAUAUGCCACAUAUGUUGUAGCAGUAAUGUAUAUUUUCCCUAUGAUAAUACACAUAUGGCCAACUGCAAGAGAGCUAAAUAUAUCAGCACUGAUAUCCAUAAACUACUAUUUUAUGUUUUUAUACACAUUAGAAUCAGCACUGAAGAUAAUGAUUUUAAAAAAAAAGUACUUUCUUCAGAAUUGGAAUACUUUGGAUUUUUUCAUCAUAGUUAUGGGAAUCGUUGAUAUAUUGUGCAUCUACUUUGUCAAGCUGAGACCAGACAGCUUGAUUCUGAUCCAGUUUACAGUGGUGAUAGGGUAUUUAAGAAUAAUUAGGUUUCUUCCUAUCUUAAAGAUUAUAAUACCAAUACUAAUAAAUAUUGCGGACGUACAGAUCAAGAAGAGCCUCAGUUUGAUGUACAGUAUUACAAAAGGCUAUGUCAAAAGUCAGGAAGAUGCUAAACUUUUGGUCAGGCAAAUUUCUGGUCGUGAAUCAAUCUAUCAGAAACUAUAUGACAUUUUAGAAAAAAACAAACGAGAGGCUAUUAAAGAACUAGGGCUCCUCGAGCACGAAGGGCGCGAUGUUGUCAUCGCCCUGAAGACAAAGCAGGCCAUCCGCCAUGUGAUUGCUAAAGCCCUGAAAAACCUCACCUUCCUCUGGUCAAGAGGCAUCAUUGACAAGCACGAGGGCAUUGAAAUGAAUAAGGUACUUCUUACAAAAAUAAAAGCCUUGAAUAACUUUCCAAUGGCAAUCCCACCUCCAACUCCAGACAAAUACCUACCCAACAUCGUUUGGAUGGAAAAUAAAGAUGUUCUCAUUGAGUUCUUCAAGGAAAGAACUCAACUCACCUACUUUGACUAUGGUGAUAUCAUCUGCAGAGAAGGUGAAAUGCCCCAAGGAAUCUUCUUAAUUAUUUCAGGAAUGGCAAGUUUGCAUAGCUCAUCUCCCACCUUUGGGUUAGACUCAAACCAGGGAACUGACAGACAGUUCAAGACUAUGUUUACAGAGUACUGUACCAGUGGAGAUGUACUUGGUGAGCUCAGCUGCUUGCUUAAGCGUGAAAUUCAAUAUACUGCCAUCUGUGAAACUACUUUGCAGGCUUUCUUCAUCUCCUUGGAGGAUUUAUAUGAAGGUUUUGAUGUCUUCUGGCCAUCUCUGGAAUAUAAAAUAUGGCUCAAGCUUGCUCUUGGUGUUGCAAAUCAGUAUUUUGAACAAGUUAUUGCUGGUGAGGAUUUAAAGUUUCAGAAGUGUGUGGUGUCCAAUUAUGCAUAUGUGGAGACUCUGUCAAGCUAUAAUGAAAUGACUCUUAAUCAUGUGGCCAUGAAAAUCGUUAUUCUUGUGUACGGCAAUGUAAUUAAUAGCAAGACGGAAGAAUCGCAUGUCGCACCCAGCAUUAUUCCUAAGUCCUGUGAUCAGAUCCAGGGAAUUUCAGAUGUAAGCAAGCUUCUGAUAAUCCUGGCGUCCGAGCCUGUCAAAAAUGAUGCAGCUACCCCUGUCAUGGUCAGUGGUGGUCUUCGAACAACCAAGAAAGACUAUAACUGGAAGAGAAAAGACGAGUUUGAAGGUGGCCAUAAAUUAGCGCGGCCGUUAUGAUGUGUGGAGUCAGGUAACAGAGCUGACACCCGGCACAAACAAUGUUGACUUAGCCACUGCUCGAGCUGUCUGCCGCUGCAAUCAUUUCAGAAGCAAUGACCACAGACACUUCAGAUCUUGAGUAGCUGCGUUAUGCUUGAGAUACUCAAAAUUCUUCAGGAUAAUACAAAAUUCUUUAAAACGGAGGGAAGGAAACCUUCCUCUAGCUUAGCACAAAUGGUAACAGAUUAAGUUGGCAAAUGAGGUGUGCAAUUUAUGUCGCAGUCUGAAGCACACUACUCGUGAAAUUGCCAUAACUGAUGCCUCUCCGAAACUUUGUAUCUUCCCCCUCUAAUUUAGUAUGUGCUGAAAAGUGGGAAAAUGGUCCACCAUCUUGGUUACUGGGAGCAAAGCUUAGGAGAAAUCCACAUCCUUACCUUUCAUAGUCCUGCUUGAUGUGACUUUCCAUUUUCUUUUUAAAAGUCAAAUAAAGUUGAAUGUUAUGGUCAAUGAAUGACUUUUUAGAAGCCAUUAUUUCUUAUCAACAAGACUCAGAAUAUAUAAUAGUUUUGGGAAAAUCAUAAUACAGGUAAGAAUAGGAAAAAUGUAUGGGAGAAAAAGUUGAGCUUUCAAACUUCUCAGGGCAGGUCCUGAGUGGCCUUCACUGUGUCAGGAAAUGCCAGGUGUGACUGCACCCUUACAGAAACCUAACUUCACUGAAAACAUGGGUUCGCAUUCUGAUGUGACGUGCCUGGAAAUAGGAGCACAUGAUACUGCCACUUGACAGUGUCAUGGGCCAAGUCCCUCCUAGUGUCCCACUCCCUCACCCGUGGCCCUGGCCUCUCAUGUCAGUGAAACACCCGUGAAGAACUUUGAUUCUCUGAUGGAAGGCUGCUUAGCUUGAAUAGUCAGUUUUUCAUAACGUAGAAUUUACCUGAAGAGCCUCUGCUAAGGAAUGACUUAGAUCGAGGGGGCCUGUGGACAUGUUUGUGGUAGGGAUUGCCCUGACUGUUGACGUAGGAAGAUCCAGCCUGUCGUGUGUGGGGGGUACCAUUUCAUAGGCUGGACCCUGAACUAUUUUAAGAGUGAAAAAAAAAAAAUAUAAGUGUCCGUCAAGCAAAGAUGCAUUUAUUCUUUUUGUCCUUGAUUGGGGAUGUGAAGUGACCACUCCUUGCCUUGUCUUUCCUAAAAUGAUGGACUAUAUCCUAGUCAACAAGUGAAAUAAACCUUUCUCCCUGUCACUUUUGCCCAGGGCGUUUUCUCACUACACAACAGAUGGCUUUGUCUUUCUGCAGUUAAGGACCAGAACUUCCUGGACCAGAACUGUCACAUGGCCACAUGCUUGUUACCCCGAGAUGCGCUGGAGCCUCCCCUUCCCUGUCAGGCCUGAGAGGGGAACAUCAAUGAACAACAACAGUGUUCCUUGGCCUGUCCCGUAAAAGGUUCUGUGUUCUCAGUCCUGGGCUCUUCAUUUGAACGUACCGCUCAGUACCUUUGGUGC